AUGGUAUACAGCUAUGACAUACUCCUGCUCCAAAUGAUACCUGCUAAAAGGCCAACUGAUGCCAUUUUCGAAGAUGGUCUGAGCAUUCCCAACUUUGCUAAAACGGCUUUGCCUGAAAAUAUCAUGGAGAUAGUAGACUCAUCGCUGCUGUUGGCAAGAAAGGGAGGAGGAGGAGGCAACUUAGAUGAAAACGGAAACGAGGAGAUAGAAAUCGUAAGAAUUGGUGGUGAUGAUCCCCAAAGCAGUGGUGGUAGUAGAAUGGAGGAGUGCCUGGUUUCUGUGAUAGAAAUUUGGCUUUUGUGUUCUGCUGACUUACCUGGAGAUAGGAUGCCAAUGAGUAUUGCCGUGGACAGAAUGCACAAACUCAGAAAUUCAAUUUCUUGA